AUGAUUCGUGGUUGCUUAGUAUCUGUCCUUUACGAGAAGACUACCGAAUCGCAAAUUCUUGCUGGAGAUGAUGCUGCUGCCAUCACUCUAAUGAGUACCGAUAUUGAACGCAUAAUGGUAGGGCUGACCUACAUGCACGAUGUGUGGGCGGGUGUACUCGAGGCCGGCUUGGGUUGCUGGCUGCUUCAACGCAAACUUGGUUUUGCAUUUCUUUCGCCAGUCAUUGUUAUACUAUGCUGUGGUGCUGUUAUGGUGUGGGCUAGCCGUGCUGCCACCAAAACGCAGGCAUCGUGGAUGGAAAAGAUUCAACUGAGAGUCGGCAUGACCUCUAAGGUGAUCGCCCACGUCAAGCAGGUUAAGAUGUCUGGUAUCGCUGAGCCUGUUGAAAAGCUAAUUCAAGCACUUCGCGUAAAGGAGCUUUCUGUCGGCAACAAAUUCCGCGUUGUACUGGUCGUCACAUGUACAGUCGCAUUUGCACCACAGGCUUUGUCUCCCUUGUUUGCCUUCGCACUGGCAGGACCAAAGCUAGACGUCUCGACCAUGUACGAGUCAUUGUCGUAUCUGGUUCUACUUGCUUCGCCGCUGGCGGACCUCUUCCAACGAGUUCCAAGUAUUCUAUCAGCAUUCACUUGCCUGGAGCGAAUUCAAACAUACCUGGAAGCAGAACCUCGCCGAGACUUUCGCGUUCUCGAAAAUGCUAGUAAAAACCACUUUUCGCCGGUUUCACCUAUCGUUAGCGGUAUGCAAAGUGUUUCCACACUCGAGGGUCAUCAUAUCUCAUCGCCGAGGACUACAGUAUCAACUGGAGACGUCGCGUUGUCAGUCAGCAACGGUUUCUUUGCCUGGAAAACUGGACAGCCGGUACUGAGGGACAUCAACAUUGCUCUGAAUUUCUCGCAGAUCACCUUUGUAGUUGGCCCUGUUGCGUGUGGCAAAUCCUCACUCUGCAGGUCUAUCCUGGGAGACAUUCCAAUCGCAGCUGGAGAAGUCAGACUCCAUUCCACUUUAUCUUCGGUCGCAUUCUGUGAGCAGGUGCCGUUCUUGAUGAGCGGAACACUCAAGAAGAACAUCAUAGGUCACCUUGGUUUCGAUCAACAGCGCUACGAUGAGGUCAUUUGGGCGACGGCGUUGACUGGAGACAUCGCCUCCAUGCCUUUCAGUCACGACACCAACAUUGGAACCAACGGAGCCACACUAAGUGGCGGUCAGAAAGCUAGAGUGUCUCUCGCCAGAGCACUUUACGACAAAUCGCUUUUCUUAGUUCUCGAUGAUGUGUUCAGUGGCCUUGACAAUAGCACUGCAUCAAGGGUGUUUAACCGUACAUUUGGCCGCACUGGAUUGCUGCGUAAGAGAGGUGCCACAGCGCUUGUUUGCACCCACGCCGUGCGUUACCUUUCCUUCGCCGAUCAUGUGAUUGUUUUAUCAACUCACGGCAAUAUCAUCGAACAGGGCCCGUAUAGCUCCUUGAAGCACUGCAAAGAAGCAAUCGGUGUCCUGAGAUCUGAGACUUCAAAGGCUGCUCUAGAGGCAGUCAAUACGGACAAUCUUACACAGCCUUCUGAAACAUCUUGCCACCCAGCUGACGAUACCAUCACCGAAGCGCUUGAUGACCGGUCCCGCCAACUUGGAGACUGGAAUGUAUACAAGCACUACUUCAACAGCAUGAACAAGAUUCACUUCGCCGUAAUGCUAAUUAGCUGCGUUUUGAUUGCUUUUGGCCAGCAACUCUCGACAGUAUGGGUGGGUAUCUGGGCUGCCGACUCAUUGGGAAAACACAGCAGCUUCUACAUUGGCAUCUACUCCAUCUUCAGCUCUUUCAUUCUGAUUGGCGUACUCGUGGGAGCUUGGACUUGCUUCAUUUUCAUAACCAUCGACGUUGGCCGAGAAUUGCAUCGCAGAGCCCUCUGGACUGUUAUGCACGCACCGCUACGACUGUUCACUUCCACUGAAACGGGGACCAUUACCAAUCUGUUUUCUCAAGACACUGCCAUCAUUGACAGCGAGUUGUCCAUGUAUCUGCUUUAUUUCGUGUUCAAUCUGGUCGGCGUUAUCGGCUCUGGAAUCGUCGUUGCACUGGCAUCUCCCUACCUCGCCGCCUCUUAUCCGGUGCUGGCAGCUAUCGGUUAUGCUUUACAGAUGUUCUACCUCCGAACUUCCAGACAGCUACGACUAUUGGACCUCGAGGCCAAGAGCCCAUUGUACUCUCAUUUUCUUGAUACUAUCAAGGGCCUCGCGACCAUUCGUGCCUUUGGCUGGGUGGAAGACAACAUUACACACAACAGUAAUCUACUUGAUGAUUCACAGCGCCCCGCAUACCUUCUGGCUAUGAUUCAACAGUGUUUGAUGAUGGUCUUGAAUCUCCUCGUCGCUGUAUUAGCAGUAGGUCUGGUUAGUCUGGCCACACAACUAAGGACAAGCACUGGCUUUACUGGAGCGUCUCUUGUCUCGCUGAUGUCGUUUAGUGAAUUGGCUGCCGGCCUGAUAUUCUGCUACACCGCUCUUGAGACCUCGAUUGGAGCUGUGAGUCGCCUCAAGACGUUCAGCGACAGAGUUCAACCGGAAGACCAGGCGGGUGAAGACUUUGAGCCUCCAGCGGGUUGGCCACACAGCGGGUCUUUGGUGCUCCGGCAUGCGUCUGCGUCACACAAUCCAACUCAAUCUUCAAAUCACGAGAGGGUAGUACUAGCCCUAGACAACAUCUCGCUCGUCAUGCAUGCAGGCGAGAAAAUCGCUGUCUGCGGUCGAACUGGAAGCGGAAAAUCAUCCCUACUCCUUCUUCUUCUCCGCCUACUGGAUACCAUCUCCUCGCCAGACCUCGCCUUCACUAUCGACUCUAUCGACGCACUCACCAUAAAUCGCACCAUGCUGCGCUCCCGCAUCAUCGCUAUUCCACAAGAAUGUAUCUUUCUCCCCGACGGCAGCUCCCUGAAAGCCAAUAUCGAUCCCACGAACAUCAUCUCCGACAUCGAAUGCCAGGCCAUACUGAACAUGGUUCAACUCACCAGCUUCGUCAGCUCACAGGGUGGUCUGGAUGCGCCUAUGUCGGGCGAUCAGCUUAGUGUAGGCCAACAGCAACUAUUCAGUCUUGGCCGUGCUAUUUAUCGUCGGCGAGUGAGGAUGCAGGCGAAUGGUCAAGACGGUGGGUUGUUGCUGUUGGAUGAGAUCAGUAGCUCGGUAGAUCAAGAGACGGAGAUGCUGAUGCAAAACAUCAUCAGUAGGGAGUUUGCAGCUUAUACAAUUGUGGCCGUGGCGCAUAGACUCAAGUUGAUGGUGGAUUUUGUGGAUAGGAUCGUGGUGCUGGAGAAGGGAACCAUCAUCGAAGAAGGCGCGUCUAAGGAGUUGCUUGCGGUAACUGACGGCGCUUUUCGUAAGCUUUAUGGUGCUGGACAAUGA